CGGUACCUUUUGCAUAAUAAUACAAAAUAAUUUUAUAUUAUUGUCAGUCUAGAGUCGUAAACUCACUCGAAAGUAGUGAGAAAGGAAAUAGACUAAUAAAUACAAUGGCUAAUGUUGUAAAUGGUAAUCAUUCCAUUAGCAUUAUCCCACUUUUUUCGCUUUUUAGUUUUUGGUUAUAAUUUUUCCUUUCUGACAGUUCCCUGUUGGAUUCUUCUUUUUGGAACGUUGAGAUAGUAUACGAAACUCGCAAAUAUAUCUUUUUAGUACCUAACCAUAACUCCAUAAGUAGGAAGUCUACUAGCGGAGAUGUUUUGAAAUUUGAUAUUUCUUUCUGCCAGUGAAAUCCGGUGAGUGACACCGUGUCUAACGUACUGCCGUAUUGCGAAUGUUGUGUUACUUGUUGACGCAAUUUGGUAGCGAUAGCCGUUAAGUCAUAAACUGAAAGAGAGUUUCCAUACACAAAGGAUGUCCUGUUAGUGUCAUGCGAAUGAGUACCGUUGAAUGUUAUUUCUAUUGGACCGCAGAGCCGAAACAUGCCCGAAACUCAGAUCGUCAUCGGGAAAGACACCCGAGAUCCUCAAGUGCUCCUGACCACAGUGCGCGACGACAGAACACGAGUUGCGGAUUCUCCGGAGCGACAUACAAGUUGGGACCUGACCGAAGAUGGCCGACUGACGCAUAAAAACCCGACAUAUUACAUUUGCAAGGCUUACGCGCUACUAUGGAGGUUGGCUUUGUUCGCCAUAGGUAUUUACAUGAUUGUUGUUGGAGGAGUGUUUUUCCACAGCUGUCCACUGGCUGACGCAAAAAUUCCAGUAUACAUGAUCGUUGGAGGAGUGUUUUUGAUGCCACUCGUUUUGUUUGCACUUUAUAUGAGAAACAAUCGACCGGAUAAAGCCUUGGAAGGAUUGUGGAAAAUAUUAGGCUUCCUCAUUUGCUUGCCCAUAGCACUGUUUCUUUUUGCGUGGAGUAUCGCUGGGUUGGUGUGGGUUUACGGGAGCAUUCCUUAUGUUGAUCUAGUCAGGCCAGAAAGCGCCGAAUUCUGCCAUCCUGUCCUGUUUGUAUCCAGCGCCGUUUGCAUAUUUUUGACUUUUUUAAUUUUGACUGCAGUUAUGUAUAUUAGUGUCGUGUACUUCCGGCGAGGAGUAAGAAGAGGGGUACGGCGCAAUUAAUUUCAGAAAGUUAAGCUUGUAUGUUUGUGUGCUCUGACUCACUUUUCCGUUGACAAAGUAGCAAUGUUUUUAUAACUGUUUCUAUUUUAUGCAGCUUUUGCCCGCUGCUCUUAUUUUUGCAUGUUAGAGGUUUAUUAUUUUAAGUUUUGAGCGUUUUUAAGAGGGUUUUUAAUAAUCUCCGACGUGGUGUGAAAAAAGUGGUUUUCUGGCAGUGGCAGCUCAUGGACUUGCAAUUAAAUGAAGAUGCACGGU